GGGUUAUAAGAAGCAAAAGACACAAAGUAUUGCCUAGCAUUUGUGAAAAGUAAGACCCAGUGUCUAUGAUGAAGUUUGAAUUACUUUUAUUCAGUAUUAUCUUAGCGACUGAUAUUGUAUCAGCGAUCUUAUGUUGGACAUGUACAAAUGUAAGCAGCGAACAGGAGUGCAGAGAUAAUGGUCGAGCCGUACAGUGUCCUGGAAAAGGGGAUGCUUGUCAAAUUGAAGUACGAUACGAAAAAGGAUGGGGAAUACACCCCAAGAUCACGAAACGAUGCAAGCAAGCAUUAGCAUGUGAAAACAAUUUUAAGCAAAAUUUAGAAGGACUAAGAAGAUCAAGUCAAUGUAGUCCAGAGGCAUCUAGUCCUGUUUGUAGAUGUUGCUGUGAAACAGACAGAUGUAACUUUGAUGCUCUAAUUUGCUGGGAUGAACCAAAACAUUGUCCAAGCCUAAAAAAUGGCCCAAGAAAUGGAAAAGUAUCAUGCACAAACGGGAAAGAGGUUGGGAGCAGAUGCAAUUUUCAAUGCAACGAAGGCUUCAAACUGAAGGGGAAAAAAUCAGUAACAUGCAGACCGAACCUGAAAUGGAACUCGGCACUUCCUGAGUGCCAACCUAUAACUUGUCCGGGCUUACCAGCUACAAUCAUGUACGGGUCUGUAAAAUGCAGUAAAGCAAACCAUUACUCAAGCAGAUGCACAAUUUCCUGCGAACCAGGAUAUGAGCUAUCUGGUUCCAGAGUUUCGACGUGCAACAAAAUUGGAAAAUGGACACCAACACCAUCAGUUUGUCAUUCUAAUUUCUGCAAGAUCAAUCAUGACUACAUAAAGAACGGAGCUGUGACUUGUUCGGAAAAUAAGCAAAUCGGAAGCAUUUGUGAAUUCACUUGUGACUCUGGGUAUAACUUAGCUGGAGAACAAUUUUUAACGUGCACCGAUGCAAUGAAAUGGGACUUUCCUGCACCUAAAUGUGAGGCAAUAUCCUGUUCUUCAUUAUCUCGCAAUUUCCUGAAUGGCCUUAUAACAUGUUCUCUAGGAAACUCUUAUCCUAGUAAAUGCAAGUUUGCCUGUCGGGAAGGUUUUAUACUUUCGGGAGAGGAAAACACAGAGUGUACUGAAGAUGGAACAUGGUCCAAUCCCGUACCGUCUUGUCAAAGAGAUGGCUGCGAUCUACAACUUCUGGCGUUGACAAAUGGAUUGCUGAAUUGUUCGGAUUCGUACAAAGCUGGGAGUAGUUGUAAGAUCAUUUGUGAAGAAGGAUUCACGCUUGUCGGGGAGUCUACGUUGGUUUGCAAUGAUGAGUUUGGUUGGGAUGGUGAACCUCCUAAAUGCGUUCCUACAGAAUGCCCGCAUUUGAAAAUCAACCAAGGAUCCAUAGAAUGUUCACUCGGCAAUGCUUUUACAAGCAUUUGCAGGAUUUCGUGUGAUGACGGUUUCAAGUUGCUUGGACCAUCGACAACCACAUGCAUUAGAAAUGGAAAAUGGUCAGCGCCUUUACCUGAAUGUGUUGUUUCAGUGACAACAUGUCCAUCAUUGGAGGAAAGCUUAGAAAAUGGUUUGGUGGAAUGUACUGUGAAGAACCAGGUUGGAAGUAUUUGUAAUUUCAAAUGCGUGGAAGGGUACAAACUUGAUGGAAGAAACAAAACUAUGUGCAAGUCAUCGUUGGAAUGGGAUGAUGAACUUCCCCUGUGUAGAGAUAUCCGUUGUUCUAAUAUUAAAACUGAUUUUGAUAAAGGAUUUGUGAAAUGUACGAAUGGAAAUAGAUAUUCAAGCGUAUGCAGAUUUUACUGUCAGCCUGGUUUUAAAUUGAACGGAUCAUCAGAAGCGCAAUGCGACGGUUCAGGAUAUUGGACACCAUCUGUUCCAAUUUGUGAAGAUGCUUACUGCCCGGCAAGUCGUAAAAUGUUAGUCAAUGGCAAAAUGGUUUGUACUGACGAUGGAAAGUUGGGAACUAAAUGCGAAUAUAUUUGCGAUAAAUAUCAUGAUCUGGUCGGAAAUUCUACGCGGAAUUGCAUCUCUACAUCAGAUGGUAAAUUACGAUGGGAUGGAGACGAACCUCAUUGCGAGUCCAAAUAUUGUCCAGCAAGCAGAAUAUCGGUGGCGAAUGGCCGUGUCGUGUGUACAGAUGACACAAAGCUAGGAUCAAUAUGUGAAUACAUCUGCGAGGUAGAUUAUUAUUUGGUUGGAGAUGCCACUCGUAAAUGCAUCCCAAAUCCGAAUGGUUCUGUCGACUGGGACAAAGAAGAGCCAUACUGCGAAGCCGUUCAAUGUGAAACCCAGGAACGGAUUCCCCACGGUAUAAUUAAGUGUUCGAAGGAAAACAAUGUUACAUCGACGUGCGAUUUCAAAUGCACAACGCCAUACUACAGUUUGUACCCACCCGAUCUUUCAACCAAUAUGUGCAUGGGUGAUAGCGAAUGGGAUAAACCCACACCAUGCUGUGCUCGUCCUUGUCCUCCAUAUGCCUUGAUGGAUUUCGUUCUGAUUCUUGAUUCGUCUUCAUCGAUCGGCGUAGAAAAUUGGAUGAAAAUGAUUGACUUUUUACAGGAUUUUAUGGAUGAUUUUCUAGUCAAGUACGAUGGUACAAAUUUUGGUGUUUUGCGUUACAAUAAGAAUGUCGAUGUGGAUCAACAGAUUUUACUGAAAGAUCAUACUGAUGACAUCCAACCUAUUUUAAAGAAAAUGGGAGAUCUGAAAUAUGAUGGAUCAGGAACUUUAACUGGAAAAGCAUUGAGAUACGCUCUAGAUGUUUUGUUAACAAAAGAAAAUGGAAAUCGAGAGCACAUUAAAGAUGUUUUGUUGGUGAUCACAGACGGAAUGUCUCAAGAUCCGGUCGAGGAAGCGGCACAAAAUCUGAGAAAUGCUGGAGUGGAGACAUUCGUACUUCCCGUCAAACCAAACCGAGGAUCGUUAAAUAUUGAACAGCUCCGACACAUCGCAGGCAAAGAAGAAAACAUGAUUAUGGCUGCAGCGGAACUGGGAUUUCAAGCGUUGACGGCUGAGUUUUCAAAAGAUUUGGGAGUUAUUAUAUGUGGUGAUCCGUGCGAUCAUGCCGCUCCAGAAACCCCACUUGACAGGCUGGUCGCCUUCGAUGCAAUGUAGACAAAAUAAAUUUUAUAGCAUUUUUGUAAUGUUUAAUGAUAUUUUGAGACUCAAAUGUGUCUAAUAUUUAUUAUUUAAAAUUGAGUUUUCAAAAUAUGUUAUCUUAACGUAAAUCAUUGUGAUUGAGAUCUCGGGUUGUUGUGGCGUUUAUCGGAUAAGAUUCUUUUAUAAAAGUGAAUCAUCGAGGUAAAAGUUGCAGGAAAACUAAAAAUUGUGUUUAUAUUUUUAAAUGUAUCUGAUAAGAUGUUUGUACCUAUAUUAUUUGAAAAUGACUCAAUCACUAAGUGCAGACAUGAGUAACUCAUAUUUGUAAAGUAUUACCUAUAUAUUUUUUUUAUUCAUAAUAAAGUUUGCUAUGAAAUCAUGGCA